UUAGUGGGCGUGGGAUUUAUAAACUCCAUUCAUCCUUAUAAAUGAAUGCGAAAGAUCAUUCAAUCAUCAUCAUCACAAAAUCUCAAAAACCGCUUGAUAUAUAAAAAUGAAAUUUAUCAGGGAAGUAGUAUAUAGUUAGUAGAUGUCCGCUAAGAAAGGAUUAAAUUCUGAUCGUGGUUCAUACAAGUAAAAAAUCACCAUGAAAUAGAAUGAUCUGUAGCCAUCAGUGGCAAUGGAAUUUUGGUAAAGAUAAGCCGUCCCAAAGAAAUAGAAAUUCAUACCGCGUCCUGUUUCUCAUACAUCAUCGUAUAAUAUUAUAAAUAAUAUAAAUAUAAAAAAUAUCCAUACAUUAUAUUAAUUACAACAAUGAAUAUGUAUGUAUGUAUGAAUGUAUAGAUAUUUAAAAGGACUUUGUCACGAGUCCUGUCGAUAGUGAACAAGUGGGAAAUGUGGAAGUGAGUUAUCCAUUAAUCUAGUUUCGGAAAUAAGGGGGGAGGGUCAAUUUUCGUUGUUUUUUUUAAAAUGACAUAAUAAUAUUAAUAUGUAUUUUUAGCUUUGACGCUUUAUCGUAACCGUAAUCCACGCGGAUUGCGAUUGUUUGUUUUAAAAUAUUUACACGAAUUCUUUGCAAUUUAAUCCAAGUUGACAAUUUAAUGUAAUUUUAAUCCGUUUUGAAUGAUGAAUAGCUUCUUAUUUAAAAAUCGUAUAAAAAUAUGCGUAUAUAAAGCGAGUGCGUGUUAUCACGACACGUUCAGUCUGCAAGAUGAAGGUCUUCCUGGUUGUUGCCUGCCUGGCCUUGGCCGUCUCCGCCGAGUUUGAAUAUGAAUCCAUCAUCAUGAAGGAUUACCACGAGGAGUUCGGCAUUCCGCAAGCCGCCCGCAUCAAGGCUGCAGAAGAUGCUCUGGACUUCGACGGCUCCAGAAUUGCAGGCGGCACAGCUUCAGGUCUCGGAGCUCACCCCCACUUGGGUGGGUUGGUCGUCACUCUGACCGACAACCGUCAGUCUGUGUGCGGCUCCUCGCUCCUCACCAACUACCGGCUGGUGACCGCCGCCCACUGCUGGCAGCACGGCAACAGCCGCGGCAGACAUUUCACCGUGGUGCUCGGCUCCGUGCGACUCUUCCAAGGCGGCCAUCGCGUCAACACCAACAACGUCCAAAUGCACGCAUCUUACAACCAAAACACCCUCGCUAACGACAUUGCUAUCAUCGCCAUUCCCCGUGUUGGCUACACAAAUCACAUCAGAAAUAUCAACCUGGCGUCCGGAAACAACCAGUUCGCCGGCUCCUGGGCUAAUGUAGCCGGCUUCGGAAGAACCGGGGACGGAGCACAACACGGUAUCAGCAACAAUCAAAUUCUGGCUCACCUGGACGUGCAAGUCAUCACCAACAACGUCUGCGCGCAAACGUUCAGAGGCAUCCCCGCCUCCGUGCUCUGCGUUGGGACCUCCAACGGCCGCAGUCCCUGCCCCGGCGACUCCGGUGGCCCCCUGACCGUCGGCAGCGGCACCGGCCGCCAACUGAUCGGUAUCGUGUCGUUCGGACACGUCGACGGCUGCCAGCGCAACUUCCCCGCUGCCUUCCAGAGAAUGAAGCUGUUACUGGUCGUCGCAAGCCUGGCCCUGGCCGUCUCCGCGGAGUAUGGUCCUCUCAUGAAGGAUUACCAUGAGGAGUUCGGCGUGCCUCAGGCUGCCCGCAUCAAGGCCUUUGAGGCGGGGCUGGAUUUCGACGGCUCCAGGAUUGCAGGCGGCAGUGCUUCGGCCCUGGGGGCACAUCCUCACAUGGGUGGUUUGAUCGUCACUCUGACUGACAACCGUCAGUCUGUGUGCGGCUCCUCGCUCCUCACCAACUACCGGCUGCUGACUGCCGCCCACUGCUGGCAGCACGGCACCAGCCGCGGCAGACAAUUGACCGUGGUCCUCGCCUCCAUACGACUCUUCCACGGCGGCCAUCGCGUCAACACCAAUAACGUCCAAAUGCACGCAUCUUACAACCAAAACACCCUCGCUAACGACAUUGCUAUCAUUGCCAUCUCGCGCGUUGGUUACACCAAUCACAUCAGAAACAUCGGCCUCGCCUCCGGAAACAACCAGUUUGUCGGCGCCUGGGCCAACGUCGCUGGCUUCGGGAGAACCGGUGACGCUGCUCAACACGCUAUCACUAACAACCAGAUCUUGGCUGAACUGAACCUCCAAGUCAUCGGCAACGACGCGUGCCGUCGCGUCUACGGCAACUCCAUCCUCGCGUCUACCAUCUGCACGGCAACACCCGGCGGGCGCGGACCCUGCCCUGGAGACUCCGGCGGCCCUCUGACCGUCGGCAGCGGCACCGGCAGGCAACUGAUUGGUGUAGUAUCAUUCGUACAUCGCGACGGCUGCACUAGAAGCCAACCUGCGGGCUACGCCAGAGUCACUUCCUUCCACUCCUGGAUCAGCCAGCGUAUAUAA